AUGUCCACUCCACGAGGAGGCGGAAGAGGGAGCAAUCGGGCGUCUGGCACGCCUCAACCCGUCGAAGGCUUACGAGGAUCGAGAUCCGGCACCCCCUCUCACUCCGCAGCGGGAGCCUCAGCCGGACCUUCUACAGACGUGGCUGCCGGCAGGAAGAGGGAGAGGUCUCCGGAACCUAAUGAGGAGCUGGACAUGACGGACGCGGCAACCAAUGCUUGGCUCGUUAGAGUUCCCCGUUUUUUAAAAGAGGCAUGGGCCGGUGUGGAUCAGGACGACGUCAACCUGGGCUUUGUCAGAGUGUACGAGUGAGUUCAUGCGCACUACUGAAGCUCUCUUGACUCUGCGCGUGCCAUAUCUGCGCUGGCUUUCUGCUGAGCCGCUUGCUCAUUCCGCCCUUGUACCGCUUCGCCUUCAAAGUGCCGAUCAUCGUGGACAUCAACGCAUGGAACUGCAUCUGCCAGAGACAAAGGGGCCUUCCGUCCCGGGCGUGCCAGCAUCAUCAGACUUUCCGAGGCGCUUUGAUCUGCGAAUGGCUGUCGAUCAUGCCACUGGUCAGGUGCGAAGCACUCGAAAUACGUGGGCUUUCAAGGAGUGGGAAGAGGAGGGAGAUGCGUAUGACAGCGAUGAGGAUAUCCUGGACAGUCAUGGAGAUUUGGUGCAGGUUACAGGAGAAGGGAGGAGGACACGCAGUGAGCAACUGCCAUUGUGGUGUAUGUGCGGCUCGAUCCUCUACUGAUAGCAUGUUUGCGCUUCUUUAGGGCGCACAGCUGUCACGGGCACGGUAACGAACGAGGUCCACGCGACGCCUCAAGCCAGAGCAGCUCCAGCUGCCUCUAGCUCAAAGUACAAUGCUGCAUCCAGCGGCAUGACUCCCGAGUAUCGAGCGCUGCUCAAAAAAAGAAAGGAGGCCAGCAAGACGCGAGACAGGACGCAAAUGCUUGAUGAGACCGACACGGCUCGGAACAACAUGCUGGCUGCGGGUGUGCAAGGCUUUGGCACACGCAAUCCCGCUAACUUUGUGGUGAGUGAUACUCCAAUCAAGGUCUCCUCGACAGCGUCGAAAGCUGAUGUGUGAACCUUUUGCUUGCGACGCAGACUGUCGCUGCGAAGCCGACAUCGACGGACAAAUUCGCUCGUCUGCCUCGCAACGAGCUGCUGGAUAUGCUCAUGCAAGCGUUCGAAAAGUACAAGUACUGGUCCACAAAGGGAUUGCGAGAGCACACGAAGCAGCCCGAGAUCUACCUCAAGGAAGUUUUGUCUACCGUUGCCGACUUUCAUAAGCGUGGACCUUACGCCAAGAACUGGUCUCUGAAGCCCGAGUAUGCAAAUGUCAGACCACAGACCACUGCUCAAGCGUCUUCGAGCACUUCUGCUGCCGCUGUUACAUCUGGUGGAUGGGGUCUUUCGCCAGGCGAUUUGGCUGCUCAGACAUCCCAGGUUAAUGAGCCGGGUGGACUGAGCGGCGAAGAAGGCAACAAUGAUUCGGAGGACGAAGCUGAAGACUUCGAGGACAUCGUUUGA